UCCCUAGAGUGAAUCAUCUACAUGUGGCCCCAUGGAAAUGAGGGUGAGUCUACAUAGUUCAGCUGUAUGGAUUAUUCAGCAGUAUAUUAUCUGUUAGCAAUUUCCUGCUGUUGGGUUGUAUAGUUGAGAAUAGAAUGAAUUGAGAACUAAAAACUGACCAGCUUACAACUGUUCAAACUAUGCCACACUUUUGAGUUACACAGAAAAUUAAUGAACAGCUCUUGUUAGAAUAAUUCAUCCUGGCUAAGAGGCAGUUGACCCCUCUCAAUUGGGUGUUCUAGUCUUUCCUAGUUCUCCCAGUAACAAGCCCUGACCAUGGCAUAGAGUCUUGAUUUUAGCCUAACUCAGAUUUAAUCAGUAGCAGAUACCGAACCUUUUAGUAUAAAAUACUCUUUGGGUCAGUGGUAAGUUCUUUCUAGGAUGGAGGUAUAAGCUAGAAAAGGACGAAUUGUAUAAAGAGCCAUGAACUUCUUUAAAUCUCGGAGCCAGACUUAAUAUGCCCGGAAAAAGGGUGUGGCACAGCUGCCAUGAAUUGUUUCUGUUGGCAGGGAGACAAGAAGUGGAGUGGUUUCCUCUGUAGGCACAUUCUUAACAAUCAGGUUGUCUUGUGAGCACUCCCUGGAAAGAUAACUGCGGGGUGGUUUUGUGUAUGUCUGCGGUGGUUUAGCCAGUGGUGGACAUCUCAGACCUGGAUGCUGGAAAUUUUAAGCAUACAGUUUGAUCAAUUUUGACAAAUUUAUAUACCCAUGGAAUCAUCACCCUAAACAACACAUAGAACAUUUCUAACACCCUAGAAUUUGCACCUCAUAUGUCCCUUUACAGUCAACCACACGACUGCCCAACCCAGGCUAUGUCUCACUGGACUCCCUCACUAUAGAUUCUAGAAUUUCAUAUAAAUGGAAUCAUAAAAGAUGUACUUUUAUAUCUGUGCCAGUCAGUUUUGCCAGCAGUUUACUGAGGCUCUUGCACCACUGCCAACUUAACACUACUACCCUACGGCCCCUCCCCGUACACAUAUCCUUCGUUUCCCCAGGAGUAAAUUGGGUUUUUCACCAGCUCUAGGAAGGAAUGGUUUCUCCCGCCCAGUUACUGCAUUAAUAUGAACUUCCUCCAUCCUCUGACAUUUCUAAAUAAAAAAGCUUUGGAACAUGAAAGGGGCAGCAAAUUAAAUGGUAUUUCCCCCCAUUUAUGCUCCUGGAGGAGUCCUAAUGACUAGGUUAUUCCCUCACUGCCGCAUGGGGCCUCAUUGAGAUAAUAGGAUUUGCAAGGAAAGUAUCCGAGAGACCCAAGACUGUACUCCCCCUGCCCCCUAUCCAUUAAGUCAGGACUAAGCUUUCCUCUCUAAAUCCUGAAUGCAUUAGUGGCAACUGGGUUGAGGGUCAAAUGUCAAAUACUCUGCUGUGAUGGAAGAGGACAUCUGUGGCUAAUUAGGCCACUAAUUGGCUAAACUGGGAUGGGGAAGGGCAGGAGCUGCCUUCUCAGCUCUGCAUCAGUGGGAGGCCAGUUCCCUGUGCAGCCUCCAGCUCCCUGAAGGGGAUGAAAGACAAUGAGGUUUGUUUGCAGUGGGGGCAAGGCACCCCUCCCACUCUCCCCCAGUUCAGCCCAAGGCAGGACGUGGCUUUAGGAACUGGCCUGAUGAAAGCAGUUAAUCAGGAGAGUGAGAGUGAGCCAGUAGCCAGAUGUCUACCUCUUCUGCUCACUUUAAAUUUAAUUCUUUACUUUGGAGAUCAAUGAGCUGAGCAAUGUCCCUGUCCCUGUCAUGCUAAUGCCAGAUGACUUCAAAGCCUACAGCAAGAUCAAGGUGGACAAUCAUCUCUUCAAUAAAGAGAACCUCCCCAGCCGCUUCAAGUUUAAGGAGUACUGCCCCAUGGUGUUCCGAAAUCUCCGGGAGAGGUUUGGGAUUGACGAUCAGGAUUACCAGAAUUCAGUGACACGCAGUGCCCCCAUCAACAGUGACAGCCAGGGCCGGUGUGGCACACGCUUCCUCACUACCUACGACCGGCGCUUUGUGAUCAAGACUGUCUCAAGCGAGGAUGUGGCUGAAAUGCACAACAUCUUAAAGAAGUACCACCAGUUCAUAGUGGAGUGUCACGGCAACACCCUUUUGCCACAGUUCCUGGGCAUGUACCGACUGACUGUGGAUGGUGUGGAAACCUACAUGGUGGUCACCAGGAACGUUUUCAGCCAUCGGCUCACUGUACAUCGCAAGUACGACCUCAAGGGUUCUACUGUUGCCAGAGAAGCGAGUGACAAGGAGAAGGCCAAGGACUUGCCAACCUUCAAAGACAAUGACUUCCUCAACGAAGGGCAGAAGCUGCACGUAGGAGAAGAGAGUAAAAAGAACUUCCUGGAAAAACUGAAACGGGACGUAGAGUUCCUGGCCCAGCUGAAGAUCAUGGACUACAGCCUGCUGGUGGGCAUCCACGAUGUGGACCGGGCAGAGCAGGAGGAGAUGGAGGUGGAGGAGCGGGCCGAGGACGAGGAGUGUGAGAACGACGGGAUGGGCGGCAGCCUGCUCUGCUCCUACGGCACGCCUCCAGACAGCCCGGGCAACCUCCUCAGCUUUCCCCGGUUCUUUGGACCUGGGGAAUUUGACCCCUCUGUUGACGUCUAUGCCAUGAAGAGCCAUGAAAGUGCCCCCAAGAAGGAGGUGUACUUCAUGGCCAUCAUUGACAUCCUCACGCCAUAUGACGCUAAGAAGAAAGCUGCACAUGCUGCCAAAACAGUGAAACAUGGGGCGGGGGCCGAGAUCUCUACUGUGAACCCUGAGCAGUACUCCAAGCGCUUCAACGAGUUCAUGUCCAACAUCCUGACGUAGUUAUCUUCUACCUUCAGCCAGAGCCAGAGUGCUGGAUGUGGGGUCGGGGAUUGGAAGAGAGAGAAGGUGUUAUCUGGGCUAGAUGGGAGGGCGGGGAGCAGAGUAGGGGUCGGGGAGGGCUUUAGCAACGUGACUUCAGCCUGUGACACUGAGAGAGACUCUAGCAGGAGGGGAGGGGAUGUGCCAUGCGUGCGUGUGCUCACAGGAUGUAGCCUCAUCUGCUUACCCUUGAUUCCCCCCGCUUUGACCUAGGUUAAAAAGGUGUUUCCUUUUUGUUACCUUGUAACGUCGUAAGAUACCUUGGGGCUAGAGAUGAUUUUCUGGGUUUAUUUGGGUUUUGUUUCUGAAAUUUCAUUGCUCCAGAUUUGCUAUUUAUAAUGAUUUAUGUCAUCACCCUAUCCACCAUCUCCAUCCCUGCUCUGCUCUCCAGUCCCUCAAUUAAAGAAGCACCCACAGACCCAGCGAAGGGGCCUCUCAGAGCGAGAUGCUCUGGUGCCGGAGGAGAAGAGGUUAGACGCCUCGGCCCUGCUGCAUUUGCUCUUGUCUGGUUAACUUAAUUUCGUGGAGUGUUGUGCACAGCUUCCUCUACCUUUUUGGCCUCGGCUCCAAGUGAAAUGUUACAUAGUUCCUCCAUCUAAAUGCUGUCCCUCCCAAAGGCAUGCUCCAGGUCACCGUCAGGCAUCUUGGAACAGAAUCAAAGAUCUCAGAGGGGAAUGAGUUCAUCCUCACCGGAUGGUCAGGGGUGGGUGACCGCUGGUACUCAGAGAACCCCAUGAUCAUCACCCAAGCCCCAGGCUCUUUGCGGCCCCUGGAGUGCAGACAUCAUCUCUGUGAAUGAAGCCUGUCUCCCACUGAGUGAAGAGGAACUAGAAAGCACCUCUGGAUAUAACAGGACCCUCAUGCUUACAUGGUCAUUUCCCCUUGAGAAAACUCCAGAAAAGCUGAUGACUAUCGAAUGAGGUCUUGUGCCCUCCAUCCAUUUACUUCCUUCAGAUCUUCUCCCAGGCAUUCUCAUUUGUAGGUGAGCUUUUAGCUGGGGCCUGGGGCGCUCCUUACAGAGAUACCUCUUCAAGCCCCGAGGCUUCCAUGCAGUAAUGUGCCACCUGGAUGGUUGUGGCCAGCAGGAAUGGUGUACCCCGCCCUUCCCUUUGGAGUGUGCCACCCAAGCCUGAGGUUGCUUCUGAGUCACUUGAGGAUCUGACCUGGGAAAUACAAUUUGGAGGCCUGAUGUGCAGUUCAACCUGGCCCAACCUUGGAGCUGUGUUUCCUUGAUGCAUAGACUUUUUGCAUAUCUGCUACCACAGGCCUCCUCAGGAGUGGCAUCUGGCUGCUUCCUUCAGGAUCUCUACCACCUUCUGAGCCUGCUACUGAGGCCUCAGAACUGCGUCCUUUUGUGAGGCCAUCAGAGCAGUCUGGCCUGGUCAGGAGAGAAAACAACCCUGUGCUGGGGGAGGUACAUCCCUGCGUCUUCUCACCUCCUCCCCAGGAACUGGGGACUUGGGAUGAGAUGUGGUGAAACUUGUAGAUAACUCUGCAAAUGGAAAGAAAUUUUGUGGAACCAUUUUGAAUGAAUGGAUUGGUUUCUUCGGCUUUGUUCAACCUGGUCAAGCUCAGCUUCUGAAGCAGGAGCCGGCAACAUCUCUGUGCCCGAUGCACAGCAUUUAGGUCAGGUGUAAUGGAAACCAUGUUCUUGGACUCUGCUGAGCUGUCAGAACCCUUCCGGAGAGGCAAACAGGCCGGACAGCUGCCCUGGCCCCCGAACGGGGCUGUAGGUAUCUCUGGGCAAGACCGCGAAGUGACUUGGGGAAGAACUUGUACCAAGUGGCUCAUGGAGAAAACAGAUUUCACUUAGGGAGGGGGUAGUAGGAAUAAUGUUUGGACUUGAUUUCCCCAUCUUCUAAUCAAGAAUGAAAAUUUGAAUCUGCUCCUGGUCGGGACCAGCAACUCCCGAUCUUGGCAGGCUGUCCUCGGGGCCUCCACAGCCCUGGGCUCUCUCCAGCUUCCUGCCAUUUGGUCUGCUGAUCAUGUCCCUCAUAAUGUGUAUGAAAAGUGUAACCAGUUGUUCCCAGUUAAAGGUGAGCUACCAGAUAUCUAACUUCUUUAACAUUGAGUUUUUGUGGGGUGUAUGUGUUUUUUUUUUUUUUUUUUUUGUAUAUUGUUUACAUUUUGAGAGGUAGCAUUCUGUUUUAAAUGCUCUUUUUGUUUUUCUGACAGUAUUGUUGACCGGGUCAAAACAUUUAAGCUGUGGUUUGGUGGAUUUUAAAUUUUUUUAAAAGGUCAUUCUCUGUGCUAUCUUCAAAACCUUGGGUUUGGUCCUUUAAUUCCUUUGGCAUUCAAAUAUUUGAAAGCUAUUUAUCUUGGUUUAUACAAGGUUUUUCUCUUCUUUUUGUAAGGAUGAUGUUAAAUUUGGUUUGCAGUUUGAAUGUAGAGAAAGUGAAGUGAUCCCCAAAUUUUUGUCUGUCCCUGCUUUUUUCCCAGUCCUCCCAUGCCUUGUCUGGGCAGUAGAAGGCAUCCAGGGGCAAGUUACUACCCUCACCAUCACUCUGGAGCCAAGAAGAAAAGCUGAAUGGUUUUACGGCAUCCCAGAAUAAUUUGGGGUCUCCCAAGAACAAAGGCAUAAGAAUAGGACACGGCUGCCUGGAUGAGGCCUGGUUGGGGAUAAGGGGGGAUUAUUCUCCAUUCUCUCCCUCUAUCACUUAACCAGUCACAGCUCUUCCCAUCCUGCCCCUCUUCUUCUGAAAGUCUGUGCUGAGAAAACUCUCAUCUCCGAGGUCUCCUCACCAAAGCGAAGAGUUCCCCUUAAAUCUCCACCUCAACCACUAGAAGGCGGCCUCUGGCCCUUGUUCCUGUUAAUGAACCACUGAGUCUUCAUCCCCCAGUACGAGCUCCUUCCCUGUGCCUUCCAGCGUGGAGGCUUCGGGGCAGGCUAGGAAGCCAGCAGUUUCAGGGGCACAGCCCGAGGCGGCGCUCGAUGUCUCCUUAUUUAGCUCAGGGGUUACUGGUCUGUGGCACGUGCUACAAGUCGCCCCUGUGGCUGAGUGGCACUCCCUCGGUCCCCACUACAGGCAGCUUAUCCUCCCUGCCCCCUCUUCCUCCUUGUGUUCCUCUUGCCUGUGUUUAGGCCUCGCACAGGUUCCUGUAGUGCUCAGGGCUUGGGACUACAUGCUCCUGCCCUGCUUUCUCCCCUUCACAGUCUGCCAGGGUCUGCCCAGAGGGGUGGACCAAAGACCCAGGACUUUUCUCAGUAGCCAAUCCCACCCUCCUCUAAUUGUCUUUUUAUCAAGUUGAAGAGAAAAUUUCAGCAAUCCCCAGCAUUUGAGCUACUCAAAUGUUAGGGGCCAGAAGGGACGGUGUGUUUAAAACCACCCUUAAAAGGCUCUGACCUUAGACCUGUGGCUCCCCCAGUUCCAGGGACCCCACUUCUUUCUGGCAGAAAUGUGGGGAGGGGGCUCCAACCUGAGCACAGGAAUCAAAGGGAAAACACAUUCAAACUGCCCCCAAAUCUACCAGCCAUCUGCAGAGGCUCUGUGACACAGCCCUGGCCUUCUGAAAUGAGACACUUAGGAGGUGUCUCCAAAGGGAAGAGGAGACUUGGCUGUCCCUGGCGAUCCUUUGGAGGCUGGGGGAGGAAACUUCCAGAGUCCCUUCUCCUUGCUCAGAGCCAUUUUGGGAGGAAGUGGGAACCAACAGCCUUUGGGGGUAAGGCCUGGUGCCACUCAGCACACCCAAGCAUCAGGUCAGGUCAUUGUAGUAAAAAAAAAUGUGAAGUUUAGAUUCAGCUUUUGGGGGAGCAGGAUAAACUACCACCCUACCACAUGUGUGUGACUUCUCAAUUUCCCAUUGCAAUUUCCAUUUUUUUUAAUAGGAAUUUUCAAACCCCUGUGCUUGUCUAAUGUCUGCUCGGAACAAUUCGAGACCCUGUUACUGUUUUAAGAUGCAUGCAUGUUAGAAGAUGAAUCUCCAACCCGAGGAAAAAAAUAAAACUCAAAAAAGCUUUGUGUACA